ACAGGCUGGCUAAUGGCUAUGGCGAAGAAGAUACAAUGGGCCUACAAUGUUUCAUGACUAGCACGUUUGGUAAUAAGCCCCACAACAUAAAAGAAUAAAUUUAAAUCUAGAAAUCAUUACAAAGCAAAUAAAAUUUUAAAAAAAGAAACUAAAACUAUGUGAUUCACAAUCACAAUGUCUCUUUACCGACACCAAACCAAAAAAAUAAUCUAACAUUCUUCUUCUUCUUCUUCUCUUUCUCAUACUGAUUUCUUGUUUUGAAGCAAACCCCAUCUCCAGAAAUGGGUAAAACCGGAGCAAAAUUGCCAAGUUUCUGCCUGAACCGGAUACGGCCUCAUGUUAGAGUCCCUAUUCAAUCCAAACCGGACUUUGUUUCGGUGAAAACCGGUCCGAGCAAGAAGAUUGAUGAUUGUUUAGAUGAGAAGAAUGAUCAUGUUGGAGUUGAUCAAAGUAAUAAGGCAGUGAUGGGAAUUGGAAGGAAGAUCAUGAUUGUUGUUGAUUCCACCAUUGAAGCUGAAGGAGCUCUUCAUUGGGCUCUCUCUCAUACUGUCCAAAUUCAAGACAACAUUCUUCUUCUCCAUGUCACUAAACCUUCAUCUAAAGGGGAAGGACCCAAUAAGGAGACAGCACCAAGAGCAUAUGAAUUGGUUCAUUCAAUGAGAACUUUAUGCCAAUUGAAGAGACCUGAGGUGGAAACGGAAGUUGUGGUAGUGGAAGGAGGGAAGGAGAAGGGGGCAGUGAUAGUGGAAGAAGCGAGGAAGAGAGAGGCGUCGUUGUUGGUAUUGGGGCAGAAGAAAAGGUCGACGACAUGGCGGCUUUUGAUGGUGUGGGCAGGGCAGCGGUGGGGCGGUGGUGGUGGGAGCAGUGGGGGCGUGGUGGAGUAUUGUAUACAGAAUGCGAGUUGUAUGGCAAUUGCAGUGAGAAGGAAGAGCAAGAAAUUGGGAGGUUAUUUGAUCACUACAAAGCGACAAAAGGAUUUCUGGCUUUUGGCUUAAAACUAAAUUUACAAAUUGAAUUGUGGCUUUGAUUGAAUGUCAAAUCUCUCUGUUUUCAGAGAUGGGGAUGAUGUAAAUAAUGUAAUUGAAAAAUGGAGAGAAUUGUGAAUUGUGAUUUAGAUGGGGAAACUUGACUAUCAACCCUUUGGGUCUAAUUUAUAUUUGUUUGUUUUUGGUGUGGGUUUUUUUUUUCUUCAAUUUAAUUAUUAUUUUCUAA